UUAUAUGUCGACUGUCAUUAAAAAAAGAGGAAGAAGAAGAGACUGCAGUAGGGAGCGAGACGCGCCUGGGCAGCUGAUUCUGCCUCCCGUGACUGUCUCUAUUGUAGUCUACUUCACAGGCCAAUACCUCUCAUAACUAUCAUGGGCAGAUGUUGUACGGAUAUCUGGAUUAUAUUGGAGAAUAAACCCCGAAUUCUGUGAAGACGCAUGAAAUAAAAUAGUCAUGGAUUUCCCGGGGCACUUUGAGCAGAUUUUCCAGCAGCUGAACUUCCAGCGGCUGCAUGGACAGCUGUGUGACUGCGUGAUCAUGGUUGGCAGCCGUCAUUUCAAGGCCCACCGCGCUGUGCUGUCUGCCUGCAGUACGCAUUUCCGAGCCCUGUUUACUGCGGCUGAGGGAGAUGCCAGCACAAGAAUGAUCCACCUGGACUCUGAGGUGGUGACCGCUGAAGCGUUUGCUGCUCUCAUGGAUAUGAUGUACACAUCCACACUGAUGCUGGGAGAGAGUAACGUGAUGGAUGUAUUGUUGGCUGCUUCUCAUCUGCAUCUAAAUGCUGUGGUGAAAGCCUGUAAGCACUACCUGACAACGCGCACUUUACCCAUGUCUCCACCUGGAGAUCGUGGCAGUCAACAUCACACUGAGCAACAGCAAGCGGCGGCGGCUGCCAACUCUCAUCUUCAGCGAUCAUUUCUGCUCCAGCAGCUCGGCUUGAGCUUGGUUAGUUCUGCCUUGAGUGGGGCUGAAGAUGGGGGAACGGGGACGCAGCGGAGAACGGGUGCGGUGUGCGGAAAUGGAUUGGGGGAUCAGCAUGGUUCUCACCCAACACGCCGUUUCUUAAAACGCAAGCAGCCCUUACCCCUGAUUACUUCAGAAAGGGGAAGGCCACGGCUUUCCUCACAGGUGGAGGGCAUCGUGGGGGAGUCAGGGGGCCGAGAUGGAGGAGAGGAGCUUCUGUCUCCAGAUUCACACAGUAAAAUGGUGGACGAAGUGGUCACUGGCGUUAUUCCCAUGGAUGAUGGAGGUUUACUGGAGCAGGAUGAAUAUCGAAGGGGACUGACCCAUGAGGACAUGCAGCUCCCGAGCCAGUCAGAUGGAGGAAGGGGAACAGGAGCAGAAAAAGCAUUGCUGCUGCCGCGAAAAGAGGAGUACCCAGAUGCAGGUCGUCACCAUGAUGAGGGGAUGAAGAUAAAGAAUGGAGAUGAGGAGGAAGAGCAACAGCACAUGCAGGUCGUGGUGAAGAGCGAGCCACUGAGUUCACCCGAGGCGGUGGAUGAGACUAGCGAUGUUACCUCACAGGCAGAAGGCAGUGAUCAGGUGGAGCCAGUUGGAGAAAAACUGGAGCUCAGUCCAGAGUGCAGUGAGCGCAGCUACUCUGAUCCGCAGCCCAGCUCUGAGCUGCUGAUCAAAGGAAACAAGGGAUUAGGAGCUGCAGAAGACAGAAGAGGAGAGACGCUAUCCUGCAGUGAAGCUCUUGAGUCCUCCUCUGGAUUACACAUCACCAGUUUCCUCAGCACUAAGGCCUUUAUUGGCAGAGGGGUGUCUUCAAACCAUGCCAGUAGUGUUGACAGUGUUCCCAACACCACAACUGGAGAAUUUCAAGCAGACCACGAUUCCGCUCGCUUCUUCCUCCCGAAUGAUUCCAUCAACGCUGCAUCUUCCUCUCUGCACCUCCUUUCAGGAGAGACCCAGGUCUGCUCUGACAUGCAGCCAGAGUCCCUUCUCAUGCGCCCGCUGCAUGAUGGAAUAGCAACUUCCUCCUCAUUAGGGACGUCCCGUGGUGGAUCGGUAGAUCAGCUUGCUCUUGAGUUUCAGCGCAACAUUUUGGGAUUACAAACAUUCCCUCAUUCGUCCAGAGGUGGAGGUGGUGGUGGAGGGUGCCAAUCAUACCGGCGCAUCGCUCCUAAAGCUCAUCCAGGAGGGGCUUCAAUGCUAAUGGACGGCCCUCAGCAACAUGACGCUGCUUCCUCGUCCUCUUCCUCCACAAUGCUACUCAAUGGAGUCAACUUUGAGAAUUCUGUCCCCAUAGUUCAAAACAGUGGCAACUCCAACUUGAACCCUCUUCCCCAGUUGACCAGAGCCUCAGCAGAUGUCCUGAGUAAGUGUAAAAAGGCGCUUUCUGAGCACAACGUGUUAGUGGUGGAAGGUGCCAGAAAGUACGCCUGCAAGAUCUGCUGUAAGACCUUCCUCACUCUGACGGACUGCAAGAAACACAUCCGGGUUCACACCGGCGAGCGUCCGUAUGCCUGCCUGAAGUGUGGCAAGCGCUUUAGUCAGUCCAGUCACCUGUACAAGCACUCCAAAACAACCUGCUUACGGUGGCAGAACAGUGAUAUGUCUAAUGCCAUGCUCUAAUUCAGCCACUCAAAAUAUGCCACGCACUGGCGACUGGCCACCGGUCAGCUUCUGACUGUUCUUACACUGUCACACCUACUAUUGUGGUGGCAGCGGUAUCUUUUUUUUGGUUUUACUAGUAUAGUAUGUUGUUAACAUGCUUUCAGUUAACAUGCCAUUGAUGGUACACAUAAAAGAGAUGGUUCUCCUUAAUAUGUAGCUUCAAACCUGUAUGGCUGACUCAGAUUUGUUUGUAAUAUUUUACAUUUAACAAAACAGUUUAAUCGUAAAAACACCAACUUUAGUUUCACGCAGAGGUCUGGUCAUAUUUUGUCCAUAAGCCACAUUAAUAUUCAAAGGACAGUUCACCACAGACUGAAAAUUCUGUUAUCAUUUACUCACCACCAAAAGAGAUAUGAAGAAAGCUGUAAGCUGGAAACCAUUGACUUCCACAGUAUUUAUUUGUCUACUAUGGAAGUCAAAGAUUACCGGUUUUCAGCAUUCUUAAAAAAAGAAAAACUACUUUAAAAAAAGAAACUCAUAAAGGUUUGGAACCAUGUGAAGGUGAGUACAUUUUCAUUUUUGGGUGAACCCUCACUUUAAUAACUACUUUUAAGUUUGUAUAUGAACAUAAAUAAGGGUUGCAUACUAUCAAGGAGGUGAGGAAGUGAAAACACCUUGCAUGUAGAUGGUGGAUAGUCAUUAAGCAGCCUUUCUUUUACUGGUAAAAUGGUCCUAUUAGGAGAUUGGUCUCACACUGAAAAGUCAAUUAAGCAAAAUUAAGAGGUGACUAAAAUAUAGGUUGCGUAGAAAUUAUUUUAAGAAUUAAGUUGAAGAAAUGAUUGUUUAACUGUCCGGGAUCUCCAGUGAAUCUCCAAUUUUUAUUUUUCUGAAAUGCUGUGUACUUCGAGACUUAGAAGGUAUCAGACCUUCCUCUUAAGCCUAUAAUUCUUAAUAAGUGGGCAUCAUGUUUUAGAUUGUUCACCUUUACUAAGUUUGCUUUGCCAAGUUCUUGAAAAACAGUGGCAGUUUCAAUACUGUUGGAUCCUUCUUGUGGAUGUUUAAUCAUUUUUGUCUUUUCAGUGGGAGUUAUAUUUUUAGUUUUGAACCAUUUUCACUGAAUUUGAAGUGAGUUUUUACUUCCAGUCCUUGUUUACAGUGCUGCAUCACUCUUAACUGACUAUAUAUAAAUUGAAUAAUGGUUAUUAAUAUUUAUUUGAUUUGGAAUUGAAAAGAAUUGUCUUGAGUAAAAAAAUAAAUGACCGGAAUAUCAGCUUGAAUAAUAUGUCUGCAGUGUAAGUCACACGGGUUUGGAAUAACAUGAGAGUAAAUGACAGAAUUGUCAUGUUUUGGUGAAUUAUUUCUUGUAGUUUCACUGUGAAAAGGUUUUGUUUGAAUGGUCAUUGAGAGUUCUGCUUCAUGUGGGUCAAGAAGUGGUCAGAACUUCAGUAGCUGAAUCCUACAUCAGGACGAUCAGAAGCUUUGCUGUUCAUUUCCUCUGUGGAAGUCAGAUGUUUGAGGUGUAUUGUCAGUUUGAAGUGUUUUAGUUUUUGAUGCAUCAGAAUCAUUUCUAGGUGCAUGUUUAGUUCUCAACAGUUCAGUGGCUCUUAAAAUGACUGAAAUGUAUUGGGGGAACCCAAAAUAUUUUUGCAAGCUAACGCAGAAGCAUACAAUUAGGUUGCAAGUUAAAGUUUUUCUUUUUCACUGUAUUUACAUCACCCUGUCUAGCACUGUUUUAGCAUACAGUAACACAGAUGUUAGCAUGUUGCUAAGCAAAUGUAAAUGCAAUGUUAGGUAAAUAGUGUUCAUUUAUAUAUAUUUUGGCAUUAUUAUAAUUUUAUUUACAUAAUCACCCAUGUUAGAGGCAUAUUGUUCAGCCAAAAUGUCAAAUUCAGUUUUUUUCAGAAGAAUGUUGGACAUUGUUAGCC